GCUUCCCAAGUGCAGACCCAAGAACUGCAAUGCUAGUGGGGCAUGCAGCGUGGUGCGCAUUCCGUGGAGUUAAUAAUUCACACACCACGCAGAAUUCUGUCUCAAGAUGGGCAAGUCGUCCAAGUGGCAAAGCUAGGGAGAGAAGGUUGUCGUCCGUUUUCAGCUCUCUUGCUCCUGGAUCGCGUUCCUAAUGCCAUCCGCGUUAGGGGGGAGCAUCUGAACGCCACCCUUGGUACAAUGGGGUGCCACUGGUCCAUGACUGCAGCGUUAGGGCCUGUGGAAAUACAAAGGAUAACAACAAAGAUCAUAAAAGGCAUAUCUGACCCCAGAACCACCUACCCGUCCAAUUGCUGCACCAGACGAUGGUGGUGGAAGAGUUGUUUAAAAUCGACAGUCAUGGCAUCAAAAUCUCCUCCUACGUGCUGGGGAGGGGCAGCUGUCCUGUACUGACCUCAGCCAAAAAAUUCAGAGGAGUGUGAAUGUACGACCUAUUGGAUGUGAACUCCUUCUUCUAAAGCAGACUUGCAAUACCCUAAUCUCUCGCUUGCCUGGGAGACCCUUCAGCGUUCCUGUAAGUACGUCUCAUCCUGGGCUUGGAGGGCGCCUCCUGACUUGAGAUCUGAACCAUGUCCCACCCAUCAUGGCUGCCGCCAAAGAACACCAACGAACCCGUCGGACACGUCACUGCGAGAAUGGAGACCACGCACGCUUUUGGGACCCCCAGCAUCUCUGUGUCCACGCAGCAGUCGCCAAAGAAAUUUGCACCAGUUGUUGCUCCAAAGCCAAAGUACAAUCCAUACAAACAGCCGGGGAGUGAUGAUUUCCCUCUGCCACCACCACCACCACCACCACUUCCUGGAGAUGAUCUCGGGAACCUCCCAGCGCCUCCUGGUGCCUUUCCCCCACCACCCUCUACAGAUGAGGCUGGUUUCAGUGUGCAGGUAAAUCCCGGUGAGAAGACGCUUGAAGAAAGACGAUCCAGUUUAGAUGCAGAAAUCGAUUCCUUGACCAGCAUCCUGGCUGACUUGGAAAGCAGCUCCCCAUACAAGCCCCGGACUCAACAGGGCUCUGGGUUCCCCACCGGCUCCCCGGUUACUUCUCCCCCGGGAUCUACUCCGGUUACUGGGCACAAGCGGAUGAUCAUUCCCAACCAGCCGCCUCUCACUGCCACCAAGAAAUCUACUGCCAAGGCACCGGUGCAACCUGCUGCCCCGCCCGCCCCAGUCCCAGUGACUCCUGUUGGUACACUAAAACCUCAGCCGCAACCAGUUCCAGCUUCUUAUAUCACCGCGUCCACUCCCACCCGCCCGGCAUUCAACGUACAGGUGAAAACAGCCCAGCCCAGCCCUCACUUCCAGCCACCUGGCCCACCGCCCGUUCAGUACGGGCUGGGUCCAAGCCAAUCCUACGCUCCUCAGCCAGCCCGGCCCCCGGGGCCAGCACAGUAUGUUCCAUCUCAGCCUCGUGGUCCUGAGUAUGGCUACGCUCCCCAGCCUGCACGUCCUUCAGAGCCUCCUUAUGGCUUUGCACCUUCACAGGGGCGGUAUCAAGAUCUUUACUACCCUGCAGGCCCUGGAUAUGGAGGAAGAAAUGGCUCGGAACCAUCCUAUGUGCCACAAAACACCUGGAAGCCCGAGCUGGCCUAUCCCACAGCUAACACCAUGGCCCACAAUCCAGCAGGGCCGUACCAACCGCCCAGCACAAAGAAGACCUACAUUACAGAUCCGGUGUUAGCACCUCCUCCACCACCCAUGCAGCCAAAGAGUGGGUACCCUGCCUCUGGCCCGGCAUCAAAUGCUCCUUUGUUCAGACCUGAGGACGAGCUGGAACAUCUGACCAAGAAGAUGCUGUACGACAUGGAGAAUCCGCCCUCUGAUGACUACUUUGGCCGCUGUUCCCGUUGCGGUGAGAACGUUGUCGGGGAAGGCACUGGCUGCACCGCCAUGGACCAAGUGUUCCAUGUGGAAUGUUUUACCUGCAUGACCUGUGGCAACAAGCUCAGAGGCCAGCCUUUCUACGCGGUGGAGAAGAAAGCGUAUUGUGAACCCUGCUACAUCAACACACUGGAGCAGUGCAGCGUCUGUGCCAAACCCAUCAUGGAGAGGAUCCUGCGCGCCACGGGGAAAGCCUACCACCCCCACUGCUUCACCUGUGUGAUGUGCCAUCGCAGCCUGGAUGGCAUCCCCUUCACUGUGGAUGCCGGAGGGAACAUUCACUGCAUUGAGGAUUUCCACAAGAAAUUUGCACCGCGAUGUUCCGUGUGUAAGGAGCCCAUUAUGCCUGCCCUGGGUCAAGAGGAGACCGUACGCAUUGUGGCAUUAGAUCGUGACUUCCAUGUCCAGUGCUACCGGUGUGAGGACUGUGGUGGCCUCCUGUCUGAAGGGGACAAUCAGGGCUGUUACCCUCUGGAUGGACACAUCCUUUGCAAGACCUGCAACUCAGCUCGGAUCCAGGCACUCACUGCUAAGGCCAGCACUGACCUUUGAGUGUCUACCACCACACUCCCAUAUUUGCCUGUUGGGGGAAUUGCACAACCUUUCCAUUUAGCAUGACUCCUUUCCAGCCUAGGACCUAAUUCUCUAUUGAAAAAGUAAAGCUGGAAGGCCUUGGGACAAGCAGGCAGUUUCUAAGUUUAUCUCUAUUUGAUUCACAUCUCCUAAGAAGCACAUUAAAAUUGGGAUGAUUGGGCUUGAUUCUCUUCUUACUCUGGUGUGAGGGCCUGAUCCUACUCCCGUUGACAUCAGUGGGAAGUUAUAUAUUGGACAUGAUUCCAUAAUACUAGACUUACACCAGUGUAAAACCAGCAUGUAAAUGCAAGACCAGAAUCAGAGAAAUUGUUAUCACAAGACAAACCAUACAAACAUUGGCCAUGAGACAUUGGGCCUUUAUAUCGGCAUUGUUUUAAAUCAUAGGGACACAGAUUUGUUUUAAAUCAUAGAGACCAUAUCUUUUUCUUAUGCCCUCGCUUGUCUCCAUUCCCUUCCAGUUUCAUAACUUUUUCUUUUCUAUAAUAUUAUAUUUCGCUGUUGCAUAAAUGUAUUCAGUAAGGAUGCUUCCAACUCUCAGAUGCUAAGGCAUUUAUGUAUGAGCCAUCCCUGAAAGUUGUGAGCCUGCACACACACACACGCGCGCACACACGUACAUACAUAUAUCCUUUUGAUAAACUAGAGCUAUAAAGUCACUGAGAAGUUAUGUUAAUUAUUUUGGGGGCUGGAAAGGGUUAAAAAGAAAUUCAAAAUGGCUUCAAAGAAAAUGACUAAUGAUAGCCACCACGGGCAUGCUCAAAAGGAUCUUAGGUUCUCCGGGGCCAAUGCAAUUACAUAGUGACCAGUGUGCACUGCUUGUUUCCAAAUAAGUAUUUUAGCAAUGGAGUCUUGAUCCAGCUUCCACUGACAUCAAUGGAAAGACACCCAUUGGAUUGAAUUCUACCUUGAGACAGGCUCAGGCAUUCGGGGAUGAUGGUAACAUACCAGAGCUGGAGUUACAGUACAAGCUAUGAGAAUUGUUUAAUAUUUCAGCAUUUAGGGCUUUCCAAAUAUCUGACAUUUCUGGAACAGGAAUGAUUCAUUUUUCAUCUCAAGUUGUAAAUAGGUGUAAUUUAGCUCCCAAAAGGGAAAAACGACAGACAUCUUUUCUCCUACAGUUUCAUCACGCAGUUUUUUCUUUGUGGAGAAAUGUCAUUGCAAAGGAAUGAUUGGGGGAUGUCACAGUUCCAGGAAAAAAGGGACGUAUUGAUGUACUCUUCAGGGAGUUAAAAAUUUGCACCAAGGUUAAUAAAAACCUAUGUGCAGGCAGUUCGUGGGUUUUUUGGGAGUUGUAGUUUUUUUUUGAGGGGGGGGUUGGGUUUUUUUUUUGUUAAUUAAAAAUACAUUAUAAAUCCACAACUCAUUUUGUACAACUAUAAUAUUCUUAUUCAUGAAACCCAUAAUAACUAAGGUGCAAAUUACAUGGGAAAGGAGCAAUUUUCAUAUCACUGCAUUGACAUUAAUAUCUUAUUUGCAGAUGUAAUCAAGGAAAAUACCUUUAGCUGCACUUAACAAAUUAAGAGCCAGAACUGAAGCAUUUCAGGGCUGAUUGACCAUAUUAAUAACAAACUUGCAGUUUUGAAGAGUAACUUUUGUGAAUUUUGCUCUCUCUCACAAUAAUAAAUAGUAAAAUGUGGUGCUUUCCCCUUCAGCGUCUGUAACAAGAGCUGAAUAAAAUUACAUCGCCCAAACCUGAAAAGAAAAAUGAGUGAAAUGAAAUGAGAUGGGUUGGAUCCAAGCGAAGAUUAAAGAAAAUGGAAAAUUGCCUCUUACUGUAACUCCUGAAAAUGGUAUGUCCCCUCCCCGCUCACUAGCAGGAGGGUCUCUGCCGAUUGAAGUCACUAAAACACAGGAUUAGGGACUUCAACGGCACAGUCCAGGGAAGGGUCUUGUGGCCUGCAGCAUGCAGGGGGUCAGACCAGAUGAUCAUAAUGGUCCCUUCUGACCUUAAAGUCUAUGAGUCUAUGAGUCUAUGAAUUUAAUAGAGAAUUUAGGGUCUGUCCCCCAACACUUUCACCAACUUUUUACUGGGCUAACUUCAUUGGCUUCAGUGAAAUUAACCUGGAUUUUCACCACAUCAAAAUGAGGUCAUUUUUCUAGAAAUCUGUAGGAUGACUGAUCAAUCCCAUAGAAAGUAUAUUGUUCUCCAUUAAAUCCUGCAGGACUUUGCUACUGGGGCAGUGUCUAUGUAGCAGCAUCUCACCAUCAUAUUGGAGUUUGGCCCGAGCCUUCAACAAUUUCAGCAUUUUCCCACAGUAGAUUAGUUAGAUAUGUUAUAAUUUAUUUCAUGCAAAAAGUUAAGUGCUGGGUAAUUUUUUAAAAUAAGGAUCUGACUCCUAAUAGACUCCAUUUGCUCUACUGGUCAUAAGCCCUGGCACCUAAGGUAAUUUUGAGCUUGCUAGCAUUACAUGCAGAAGAUUGUUAAACACUUGUCUGAACUGAAUCUACCAAAGCAUGGAAGUUCAGAGUGCAGGUGGCUAACUUCACUUUAUCACACAUUCCAUCGUGCCUUAGAACUGGGUUUCUGAGCAUCUUCUCUCCAAAGUACACUGGGAAUGUGAUGUAUACAACCGAGCAUGGCACUGAUGUAGCAACUAUAGCUCUGAACUUCUGUGUCCUUGUAGGUUUAAGUCAGUCUGUCAAUCGCACUGAGUGGCAUAUUAGAAAGCGAUGAGAAUUAGCUACUGUAAUUAGGACAAGGGUCCUGGUCUAGUGAUUAGAGGAGGGAGACCAGAAGUCUGGAUUCCUGAGUUCUUUCAGUGACCUGGCCACAGACUCACUGUGCAAUUUUGAGCAAGUCACUUAACCUCUCGGUCUGUCUAUCCCUCUUCACAAUAGAGCUUGAUAAUUCUUACUAACUUCCCAGGGAAGGGAAGUGACUAAAUAAAGUAAUUUUAGAGUGCCCUAUGCUGCAUAAAUUCAAAUCCAGAUCCUCCCUUUCUGAAAAGUUUGGUUGGGUUUGUGGUUUUGGAGCAGCCCAUUCCAGAACACCCAUUUUUAGAGUGUUCUAUGAAUUUGGUGGUGUGAGGGCUCUUAGAUCAUUGUUUCUCAAGCAUUUUGAACUCCUUGGAUGGAAGGAGAAGGGGGAGUGUUGUUAUCAUUAUACAUACAGCAGCUAAUUUUCAGACUUGAAAUAUCUGGGUAAUGUUGUUUUAAUUUGGUUUCUCCUCCCUAAAAUAACCAAAGCCAGUUGCCCAUUUGAGUGAGUGAAUAAGUGCCUGGAGUGUUUUUUUUUAAAAAUUCAUUCAUAUGUGGUGCCUAAACUGAUACAACUAUAUUUUGGAAGAUACACACACACACACUCUGUCAUGUCAGAUUUUCAGCCCUGAUAUUCGAGGGUUUCAAAUGGAUCUUUAAUCAAGGUAUUGCUCUAAAGCACCAACAAAAUAUUGCUUAGCCACAAUCUUUCAUAUAUUUAUUACAUAUCCUCAUUUAUCUAUUCCAAAGAAGCCUUUUUUACCAAAGAGAUCUUGUUCUUUUAAGGUACAUUUCAAAAGUCAUGAUAAAUACUCACGUUGUUUGCUGUUCAGCAAUUUUCCUUUGACAAGGAAUGUGAAGAUCACCUAGACCUUUCUAUUUCAAUCUGCCGAUUUUUUGCUGGUGGUUCUUUGCCUUUUCUAGCAUUUGUGUGAAAUUAGGGCUUGAUCCUGUGUUUCAGGUCACCCCGUUGGGAGUUUGGGGUGCAGGAACAAGCCCUUAUUUAAGCCUUGGCUCGGGAAAGUAUUUAAGCAUGUACUUAAUAUUCAGCACAUGCUUAAAUCCGUUCCUCAAUGGGACAUAAAGAGAUGCUUGAAUUUACUACAUCAGAUUUGGUUGCCUUGGUUACAGCCAAAUCCCUAGUGACAUCAUCAAAGUGAAUGAUCGUAUUUUGUUAAUGUAAUUGCUUUAUUGUCAUUUAUUGUUUUAUUUUAAUUGUUGCCUGAAUGUUGCCUUUUAAAGCAGAAGACAACAUCACAGCUUUAGAUAAUGCACCUUUCAUUAUGAUUUUUUUUUUAAAUAAUUGUUAGAUUUUUAUCGCAGCUGCAAAACACUUAGGGAAUGACUUAGUCCUAGAGACACGGGGGAAGCGAAACGUUUGCCAGGGUGAGCUCUACACGCGUUCAUCAGACGCUUAGGGCAGAAGCAGGAAUGAAGUGGGACAUAGGUUAGCUCAUUAUCCGGGCGUGAAUUACACACCCUACAAGCAUAAAAGAGUUCUCGGUAUAGAUAUUGUGUGUGGAGACUGGUGCACACAAUCACCAAUUAAAUCCAGUCUAGUAACACACAUUUUGGGCCCUAAGCCUCCAACCUAGCUGAGUGUAGCAAAGUUUAGCUGGGGCUGCAAAAAGUGCUGGUUCUACAAUAUAAUUUCCCUCCCCCGGCCUCCUGGAAGGUCCGUGGGAGUACUGGGAAAUGGUAAAACAGAGGACAAUGCAGAGACCCAGGAAAAUCCCAUCAUCAGCAUCCAUGGGGGGGCGGGGAAUCUUGUCACUUUGCUUUACUCUAGUUUAGGACAUAAAAUUCUGUGAUGCCCCAUUUUUGUCUAGAAACUGAACAGCUCAAAGGAGGUUUUUUUGGUUUUCGAAUUGUCUUUUGUUAAUGUCUGCUUCCCGUGGUUGAUUCUGUGGGCUGAUUUGAUAUUAGAUCAUCAAGUAGUGCUAAUCAUGCUUUAUAUAGAGAUCAACGCUAUAAAUCAGGAUUGACACAUGAGGAUGUGUGCUGUGGAUUUGGGUGGUGAAAGUCUACAUGGGAAACACCAGUCGUGUGUUGAUAUUUGUUUGAGGAUCUACUGCAAAGAAUGGAGAGGGCCACCUAAGGCCAUAUAGAAGUUAGUUAAGUGUGAGUUGAUAUAGGGACUCUGAGGACGAUACUUCUGUUAAAGCUGGUCAAAUUGUUUUACACUAAACUUCUGUUUUGUUGAAAGUUUGACCUUUUCUCUUCAAUACUUUUUGGGGGAAAUUGUCUAUUUUCUGUUCUCGCAAUAUCUUUCACAUCGUUUGUUAUUAAUAGUUUAAUCAAUAUAUUGUUGACAUUUUUAUCCUAAUAGUUUUUGAAAUGGUUCUCAGUUUUUCAUUUACCAAAAAUGAAGUUUUCUUCCUCAAAAUCAUUUUUAAUAAACAAAAGUUUUCGGUAAUGAUUUCAAAAACUGUAUGGUAAGAAAAUCCUGUUAAAGUGUCACGAAAAUGUUCAUGGAAAAUGGAUCCGUUCUGGAUGUUAUGAAGCAAACACAUUUUGAAAAUUUUCCCAAAAUCUUUCUUGUUUUCUGAUUCACUCUUCUUCCUGUGCAGACACCAUUUUCCUAGUUACUAACAAUCCGAAUAAUGUGACUUUUCUGGGAAUAACAGUGUUACUUCUGUUGGACACAGUUUUUGUCUUCUCCCUUCAAACCAUGCCCAGGCUGGUUAGGAAGAUGGUGACCGUGUCAGUUGUCCUUUGUUUCAAGUACUGAAGGGUGUAAGUAGAUUAUGCUCACCAAGAUCAAGAAACUCUGGUUGAACCUCACACCCUAGCACCAUUCCUUUGGGCUUGGGAAAGGCUGUUUUCCAUAUACAUUUCCAGGAAGAUUGUUCUUCCUCCUUGGCAUUUCAAGUUUGCAUUUGAAAAAGGUGGUUGGCUGUCUUGAUGCUAGAGCCCUUGUGAAUUGUAAAUGAAAUGUGACUGGCAAUACCGCACCUCUCCUUAAGUCAGUGGUUCUCAAACUUUUGUACUGGUGACCCCUUUCAUAUAGCAAGCCUCUGAGUGCGACCCCCCCCCUUAUAAAUUAAAAACACUUUUUAAUAUAUUUAACACCAUUAUAAAUGCUGGAGGCAAAGCAGGGUUUGGGGUGGAGGCUGAUAGCUCGUGACCCCCCAUGUAAUAACCUCGUGACCCCCUGAGGGGCCCCGACCCCCAGUUUGAGAACCCCUGCUUUAAGCCAUCUGUGAAUCAGUCCAGUUCCAUUGGUGAGUCCAUAAUAAUAAACAACCUAAUCUAGGGUUCGUGGUGAACACGUAAGUUCUCAGCUUUGUUUUUAGAGACACUAACUAUUGAAAACUCAGUAGAACCGUUUGGAACUAUAUAUAUAAAAAUAAUAUACAUAUUUUAGAUUGUCCUGAGACUAUGACUCAUUAAAGGUACAGGCAACAGUAGGUAGCCAGGACAGUUUUUAUUAUACUUGCCCUGUCUUCAUUUCUGUGCCGCCGCAGUCUCAAUCUUUUUGGCAUUAACCCAUGUAUAACCAACCGCCCCACUGAAUUUGCAGCUAUGCUAACAGGGCUAAUCGGAAAUGUUCUUUUUGUUGUUUGUGUGUCUUCCUGAUUAUUCCUCAA